UUUUUGACUCUGAUUUUUUAUGAAUUGAAUCCGUGCAAGAGACAACCAUUCCGUGGGCGAUGUCCACCAACCAGUAAUGGCAUGCAAAUGCGUUCACAAUUUGUUCUGCGUUACUAUUUAAGAGAUAACGAAUGUGUUUCUUAUCCUUUCGGCCAUUGUUCGGAAGAUGAAAAUGAGCCAGUUCUGUUCCGAUAUAAAGAAGAAUGUGAAGGUGCUUGUUUACUGGAAUCUACGCAUACUGAACCGAAACAAGAUGAACAACCACCAACGCGAGAACAAAUUUAUGCUACGUUAGCACCAUUACCUGAAGAAGAAGAUGAAGAAGAAGAGCCGAAAACGGAGUGUUUCCGUCAAAAACAGGCAAGUGAACGCAAUUUGAUAAAAAUCGCUUACAUACCUAUAUGUACAAAGUCCGGUGAAUUUCGAUCUUUACAAUGCGACAUAGAGGGACAGCACUGCUUCUGUGUUGAUUCGAAUGGAAAUGAAAUUGCAAAUUCAAGAAUGAGCAAUGGCAAUCAUCCUGAUUGUUCUCGAAUCAUGAAUGCAAUCAAACCUAACACACAAGAAUGUUCAAUAAAAUAUGAUAAGGGACCAUGCAAUUCUUCAAUAAAACGAUGGUAUCAUGAUGAUAAUGAAAAGAUUUGUAAAAGUUUUGAUUACUCUGGCUGCGGAGGUAAUGGGAACAAUUACGUAAGUAAAUCAGUUUGCGAAAAGCAGUGUGUUACUACAACUGGUUCAAAAAGUUGCAGCAGUGGUGUGGAACCUCUUACCAUUCAAGGAAAGCCGUUUAACUGUGCUCAAACUCCAUGUCCUGCAGGAUACAAGUGCUCAGCAACCGAACGAAGUUCAAUUUGUUGUCCAUUUAUUGACAAAACUGCAGAUGCUGUUCUUUCUGGUGUUGAUACAAGUAUUUGUCAGUUGCCGAAAGAGCGAGGUCCAUGUGAUCGUUAUGAACUACGAUUUUAUUAUAAUAACCAUUUAAAGGAAUGUAAAUAUUUCUUCUUUGGGGGUUGUCAGGGAAAUGCAAAUAAUUUUCAACUUGUUGAAGAAUGUGAAAAGGCUUGUGGAAGGAUACAAGCAGCUAAAAAGUUGUCGUAUGAACGCAUCACUUCAGUUACACCAACAAUUGCUAAUUUACCGACAAUUGCGAUUGUUACUCAUCAUAGAGGACCACAAAUAACGAAAAAUCCCACAUCUUAUGUUAAAGCAGUAGAAACAUUGGAUAAUAUUGAUGGCGACACCGAUGGAAAGAAUAAAGAAGAAAAGCUAUCAUCUAUUCAACCUAAAAUAAAACUUUUAUUUUUAGCAAAAGAUUCGGUGGAAAUAUUAGAUUCGUCAAAUGUAUGUGACCAUAAAGUUGAUCCUGGCACUUGUAACGGCGAUUUUAAACGAUAUGCUUUUGAUUCAGUCAGUGGUGAAUGUAAACCUUUUCGUUAUGGCGGAUGCGGUGGCAAUGGAAAUAAUUUUGCGACUGAAUCUGAUUGUAAAAAGAGAUGUAAAAAACAUGGUAAAUUUUAUUUUUAUGGUGAAAAUUGGUCCAAUCUCUUAUCUCUGCAUCCAAUUGAAGUCGGCGAAUGUUCGGGCAUAUUUGCACGAUUUGCUUACGAUGCCUCAAUAAAUGAAUGCCGUUCAUUCACCUAUGGUGGAUGUGGUGGGAAUGGCAAUAAUUUUGCGACUCUUGCUGAGUGCCGUACAGCAUGCUUAAGAGUGACAUGUUUAUCACAACCACGUUGCGACUUUUCUCGAUGUCAGUUGGUGAGUGAUGCACAAGGUUGCCUAUUCUGUAGCUGCCCGCCUGUUCAACAACCAUCUCCUUUAGGUAACCAAAUUAUGGAAUCCAACUGUCCAUUUGUCGAUGUUUUGAUGUGCACUGAACCUUGUAUAAUUUUUUCAAAUCGUCGUGGGUGUCAAGAGUGUGUAUGUCCAGACGUAUUCAGUGCAACACCACGUCAUUUGGGCACAGGUUUCACCGCACCCGAUGGUAAAUUACAUAUUGCACUACGGAGCAAAUCUGUUGAAUCACAAAAAGUUUUACCUGUCUUUCCAACCUCAUUGCUUUCGCAAUCAGCACCCUCAACAGCAUCACAAUCAUUUCCAUCACAUGCUCUAAACCAGUUCUCAUACCAAAUAUCAGAAAAAAACUUUCAGGAUACUGGACCAUGCAAGAAGAGUAUUCUAAGGUGGUUUUUUAACUCCAAGAUAGGUGCAUGUGAAUCAUUCCAAUAUGGUGGUUGUGCAGGCAAUAGGAAUCAUUUCUUUUCAAAAAGAGAAUGUGAAAUACACUGUGCAAGAUUUUCGAGAGAAGUUAACAUUCAUGGCCAAAAAUUGGCUACUGAUUUGGCCGGAAAUAGGCAGAAGUCAUCCGUUGAACACAUUUUAACGAUAAAUGCAAGUGGAAUAACAAGUAGAAGCAAUUAUUUAGAAUCUGUUCAACCUAAAUUAUUUGCUGAAAGAGCACCACACCAAUCGAAAAAAGAUGCAGCUUGUUUACAAACCCCUGAUGCUGGUCCAUGCUUUGACUAUGUACCAAGGUGGUUUUAUAAUUCUCAGACUGGAAAAUGUGAACAAUUUUCCUACGGCUCUUGUGGAGGAAACAGUAAUAAUUUUUUGGAUCGUCAGAUUUGUGAGUCGAGGUGUAAACCAGGUGAUGCGGCAACUAUACAAUUUCCUCAGAAAUGUACUCUUAAUAAGGACGAAGGUUAUGGCGGUGGCUAUAAUGUUAAGUGGUACUUUAACAGUAGAAAUUUGAGAUGCGAGCAGAUAGUAUUUCAAGGCGCUGGAGGCAAUGCAAAUCAAUUUUCAACACUUGGUGAAUGUCAAAAAACUUGCAACCGUAAUGCUCAAGAAACUGGAAAGAGUCAUUCGACUCCCAAGUAUUUUUUAACCGCAAAUAACAUAGUUGUCGAUCUCUCUUCAUUAUCUCAAGUCGAACAGUUCAAAUCUUUGAAAAAUCGAAUUUCCGCAUCAAAAUCGCUCUAUGGCGCAGAAGCAUUCCACGAAAAAUCAAAUGAAGCGUCCGAAGAGCAGUUACCUUUUCUUGGUCCAUCACCACCAAUGGAAAUUAAUUACCAGAAUGGAACUCGAGCUAAAGGUAGAUCGAAAAUUCACGAAUUGUUCGAUCUUCAAUCUUCUCAAUUUGCUCUCACUAACUCUCCUUUUUUGGGCUUUCAACAUCAAAUUUUCCCUGAUAGAGUUCCUCCUUGUCCAAAUAAUCUAUUACCAAUGCUAUACUCAAAUGGGCGACCAGUGAUGUGUCUUCCUGGUAAAAAUCAAUGUCCAGAUAAUUCAGUCUGUUAUUUCAGUGGCCUCGACUUUUAUUGUUGUCCUAAUGAAGAUGAUCCAUAUGAUAAGCACAUCUUUGGAGGUAAUCUGUUUAAAAAUUCCAUUGGGUAUUGUUGCUUCUUAAAUAAAAUGCCAUUAACGGAUAACAAUGCGAAAUCGACACCAAAAUCAUUGAAUCGGUAUUCUUUGGCCACUGUAAUGAAUAAUACGACCCAGAAGGCGUUCGUUAACCCAUGCAGUUACAAUGUAGAUCCUGGUACUUGUAAUGAAGCUCAUCUUCGUUACUUCUAUGAUAAUGGAAGUGCAAGCUGCAGAUUAUUUUAUUAUGGGGGUUGCGAAGGAAAUGGGAACAACUUUGCAACACAACAGGACUGUGAAGAACUUUGCAAAACUGAUGUGCUAAAUGAAUUUUCAUCGAGUGACCCACCUUCUGGAGUUUGUCCCGGUGGACUCGUUCCUCUAGGUGGAAAUGCACCAGUGCUGUGUGGUAAUCGUACAGAUUCUAUAGCAUGCCCACCACGGUAUUUUUGCCGAAUGGGACCACCUGAUAUUUGCUGCCCUCAAGGCACACAUUAUCCUGACUUUGUAUAUUCAGCGGUCCUUGGAAAAUCACGCCCAUCUUCAAUUUUUCCAUCAGCUAUGUGUUCCGAUGGAUCCGAUGCUUUGUUAGAUGGUUCAGGAGAACCUCUGACUUGUGGGUCAGGGUUCGAUGGUAAAUCUCUUUGUCCGGUCGGUUAUUAUUGUUCGAUGGAUCCAGAAAGGAAGGAGCGAUUAUGCUGCCCAAUGGAAACCACAGGCAGCAAAAUUCCACCACCUUCCGCAAUCGCUCCAUAUUUCGGAUUACGAAGGCAUAAUCCUGGCGAAGUAAUUGAACGUGGAUCUUUCCAACUGAAGGUGCCAUAUUCUUUUAUAUUUUUAUUUCAAUUUGUCUUAUCCUCAUUUAUAGUUCAGCAAAAUAGUUUGCACUUUUUCUUCGAAUGCGCAGUUCACUAUUUUAAAGGUCGAUUGUGCCGUGAAGAUGAAGUUAACCCACGAACGAAUUUGCAAUAUUUUUACAGUCGGCGAGAGAAGAAGUGUAAAUUAUUCUUUUAUCGUGGAUGCGGUGGAAAUGCAAAUCGUUUUGAAACUAAAGCGCAGUGUGAAUCUCUUUGCGGCGUAAGUUUUUGA